CAGCGAUGCAGCGCAGACUCCAGGUGCCGUUGGCCCUAAUAACGCUGACCGCCCUCGCCACCGCAUCGCAUCAUGCCGCCGCGCCGCCAGCGCCAUCUCUGGGCAACCCGACGAGCCAGCGCGGUACAGAUGGCGCCACCCGUACGGUGACGGUGCGCUGGCUGCCGGCGGCGGCGGCGGCGACUGUUCGGGAGAUCAGCCAAUCGGAGGCGCAGCUGGAGGAGGCCAACCGCGUGUCCCGCCAGCUGAGUCGCAGGGCCGGCCUGGUCAACGACCAGCCGCCGCUGCGCCACCGUCCGAUCGUGCUGCCAUCUGCCGGUGACCACCUGCCUGUCCGUCAGUCGUACCAGCACUACCAGAGCCAGUACACGCCGGAGACCAUAGAGGAGGUCCGCUACUCCCAGGCGGGAGCCGAAGAGACACCUGGUGGACAACACCAAGACUACGGCCAGGAGCGGCCGACGGGCGGCGAUGUCUCGCCGGCGCCCGCAGGACGCCGGCCCUCGCAGGUGCGGGACCGUCUCGAGCAGCUGCGCGCGCCGCUGGUGACCGGCGGCUACGCGAACACCAAACUGCAGGGGUACGCUUCGGCGACCAGGGACUUCUGGGCCGGCGAACGGCGGCGGCCGGCGCCAGCCGAGCCGCAGCCCUGGCAGCGAGAGUCCACGCCACCAGCGCCCGGCUUCGGCGGCGAGUACGACGGCGGCGAGCGGAUCAUGGUGGUGGGGCCGUUCGAGGAGCCGCCACCGGGCGCGCCGUACAUCCCACACCCGGAGCCGACGGCCGACGCCGACGUGGUGCGCCUGCUCGAGCAGCGCGCCGACGCCGACGUCGUCGCCCUCGUCGACACCGACGGCGACUCCGGCACCGAGGCGCCGGAGGCAACGCCAGAGCCGGAGCCGCAGUCGGCACCAGAACCUGAGCCGGAAGCGCAGGCAGAACCAAAGCCAGAGUCGGAGGCCAUGCCAGAGCCGGAGCCGGAGCCGGAGCCGGAGGCGAAGUCGGAGGCGAAGUCGGAGCCAGGGCGGAAACAGGAUCAAAGACAGGAUCAGGAUCAGGAUCAGGAUCAGGAGCAGGAACAGGAGCCGUCGGGCGGGGCGAAAACCCAGUUUGUGUACGCCACGAACGCUGAUUCGCCUCUGCUUACGCAGACGUUUUUACGCCGGCCACCGCCUCUUGAAGAAGAGCAGGAGGAGGAGACGGAGCAGGGCCAGGAACAGAAGCAGGCUCAGCAGGAGCGGAUUCAGGAGGCGGCGACGCAAUACCUGGAGCCAGCCACGGAAUAUGAGGACCAGGAACGAUAUGACGAAUACCAGGAUCCAGCCAUGUACCAUGAGCAAGAUCCCGUUGUUUACGACGAUCAGGCGCAGAACCCCGCACUCUUCCAAGACCAAGAACAGGACCCGGCUUUGUACCAGGGCCAAGAGCAAGACUGGGACCAGGGGUGGCGUCAGGAGCAGCCGCCGGCGCCGGGCCCGAUCCGGGAGCACGAGUGGGGCACCGGUCAGGAGCAGGAGCGGGAGUGGAGUCAGGAGCGGGCCGUGGCCGCCCGACCACCCACCACCGCCGAGCCGUACGACGUCGUCACGGCAGGCCACGUGUUCGACGCCUCGCGUGACGUGAUGACGGUGGAGGUGGUGCACAGCUCGAGCUUCGCGGCGCCAACCCGUGACGACCUGAACUCACCCAGGCGCCAGCCCGUGAUGACCUGA